AAGUCCCGUUUUAUCUCCGCGUCGCACAGUCGGAGAGGCAGUUGGCCGUCGGUGCCAAGAAUGGAUCCAUGGCAGGCGGGGAGGCGGAAUCGGCACCGACGACCGCGUGACGUCAUCGUCGGAUCGACUGACCGGACAGCGCCAGCUGACUGCGCCCGAGGUCGCGCCACGCGUGGGGUCGGGCCGUCAGAUAGCGCUGUCACGGCCCCGAGUCGUGUCAGGUCGCCGUGACCCGUGUGCCGGCGACCACCUGGGCGGCAGCAUGGUGCGUGCCGCCUCCCCGGCCAGUCGGUCACCGAGAGGAUCGGCGCUGACCGCCGCGGCCGGCGCGAGUCUGACCGUCCUACCGCAGAGCCAUGGAGCAGAGUCCCAGAAAAGACCGCUGGCUUUACACGACAUUCAAGAACAUCAAGUACAAACAAAUUGUCCUGAAGCCUGAUGAAGAGGUUUACGAAAGAGACCCACAUGACACCCAUUCACAUACACCCCAAAAAGCUGGCGGUGGACCGGGUGCUUCUGAGCAGAACUCGCCCACGGAGCCCGCCCCCGCGCCGGGCGCCGAGGCUCCCCCAUCCCCCGGAGUUCUGCUGGGGCUGGGCGAGGCCGGUAUUCUGUACGCCGCCAGUUCGGCGCUCUUCCUCUCGCUGUGCUCCGUGCUCGUGAAGCUGCUGGACCGGUUCGAGCCGGCCGAGCUGGCCGCGUUCCGGUUCGUAGGCAUCCUGGUGCCGAGCCUGGUGUCGGCGCUGAGCUCCCGACACCGCCUGUUCCCGAGCGGGCGGCGCUGGCUGCUGCUGCUGCGAUCGCUGCUCGGCGCCACCAGCCUCGUGUGUAAGUUCUAUGCACUGCGUAACAUGUCUCUGGCCGAUGCCAGUGUCAUCCUCCUGAGCGUACCCGUGUUUGUGGGCGUGUUCGCGCGCAUCUUCCUGCGCGAGCCGUGCGGGUGGCUGCAGGCGGCCACGGUGACGGUCACGCUGGCCGGCAUGCUGCUCAUUACGCGGCCGUCGGCGGUGUUCGGCUCGGCGGGCGCGGACGCCGGCGGCGCGCACCUGCUGGGCUCCGCGCUGGCCUUCACCAGCACGCUGGCCGGCGCCAACGUGUACGUCACCAUGCGGCUGCUGAAGGGCGUGCCGGCUACCGUCAUCAUGACCGUGUUCGCCUCUGUGGCGGCGCCGCUCUCGCUGUCCGUGUGCCUGGCCGUGGGCGACGUGCACGUGCCGCGCUCUCUGGAGGAGUGCGGGCUGCUGGUGGCGCUGGCCGUCUGCAGUUUCCUCGGCCAGCUGUGUCUGACGCGCGCCUGUCACGCCGAGCAGGCUAGUCUGGUGGCCGUGGUGCGCACCGUCACAGAGGUGAUGUUCGCAGUCGCCUGGCAGUUCAUCCUGUUUGACGAGGUGCCGACCAUGCUGACCGGCGCCGGCAUGGUGCUGAUCAUCGUCUCCGUGAUCCUAGUUGGUCUGAAUAAGUGGUUGGCCUCUCUGCCGGACGAUCCCGACAAGCGCCCUGGGAUAUGCCGCUUCGGGUAAGGGCUGGAACCAGUCUAGUCACUAUUCAUCAGAUGACGAAAGUGCGGUCGGUAUCUUGAGACUUGAGAUGUGAUAUACAUGGACUCAUCUAGUGGGUUUUCAAUGCAAUCUAACAAGUUGUGAUAGUAAUUGUAGUGUGCCGUGAUUGUUGGGCUAUGCUUGGAAUGGGGACGUCGCAAAUUGAGGAGAUAUGUAUAUUGUAUAGCAAUACUGAUGGAGCGCGAAAUAUUGGUCUUGAUGUUUGCGAUAAAGCACUGAUUUUCAUCAAAAUAACUAUUAUCUCUAUCCGUGGCGCAUUAUGUCUGGAAGAGAUAGAUACCUAUUCGUAUAUGUUUUUGUUACACCAUAUCGAUAAACUGAUUGGGUUUUGUGUUAAAAUAAAUCUGCCCUGGGGUUCUGC